UGAAAAUAGUGAACAAAGGAGAAAGCUGGAAAAAUAUAUAAAAAAUAAAGAGCAAAGGAAUCCUGAUCGAACGCCCACGCCAAGAGAGAAUAUAUGGAGGCAGAGACCAGUGCAGCUAAUGCUCCAGCAAGUGCAGCUAGUGAUACUCCGGUUACUAUGAAAAAGAUGAUAAUGGUGGCAAUCGAUGAGAGCGAGGAGAGUUUCUAUGCUCUCAAAUGGGCAUUAGAUAAUUUGAUCAACGAUCCUUCUAUUAUCAUCACUUUGAUCAAUGUCCAACUUCCUUUUACCCCCAUGGUUUAUCCUGCUGGACCUGUUGUGUUUGCGACGCCUACUGUUGUUGAAGCUGUGAAAAAAGGACAACACGAGAAUGCAACUAGAAUACUCUCUCGGGCACUCCAUCUCUGCAAACAAAAGAUGGUGAAGGCGGAGACUCUGAUCCUAGAUGGGGACCCAAAAGAUAUGAUAUGUCAAGCUGCACAUGAAUUGCACGCGGACCUUCUAGUAGUCGGUAGCCGAGGGCUCGGCAAGAUUAAAAGGGCUUUCUUGGGUAGUGUGAGUGACUAUUGUGCUCAUCAUGUGCAAUGCCCUAUUCUCAUUGUGAAGCCAUCCAAGAAAAUCCCCAAAAGCAGCUAAGUAAGAUAUAUGAUGCGCUGCACGAAGUCUUUUAGUUGAUGAUGUAAACGCAAGUGUUCAUUGAGGAUUAUAUAAUGACUUAUAUAUGUAAAAAAAUAUGAAGGAGCUUUAUUAAUUAUCAAUAAAUUGAGGUUGUAUGUGUUUUCU